AUGAGGUCCUCCUGGAUAUUUCUGGUCCAUGUGCUGUGUCUGAGCGGCCACCAGUGCGCACCAACGAAGCAGGAGGAGAUGAAUCUCCGGGACAACCUCAAGCAAUUAUCUGAAGUUGGAGAGAAGUAUGUAGAUGAAGAGGUAAAGAAAGCUUUGAUUGGUAUUAAGCAGAUGAAAAUUAUGAUGGAAAAAAAUGAAGAUAAGCACAUAGAUCUGAUGAAAACCUUGAAGAAGAGCAGUGAAGAAAAACAGCAAGCUUUGCGACUUAUGGAUGAAGUAAAGGCAAGACUGGAAGAAGAGGAAAGACAAUGUCAAGUAUCCUUGAAAAAUCUAUGGGAUGAAUGUGAAUCUUGUUUAGAAAGUACCUGCAUGAGAUAUUAUACAACUUGCAAACGUGGUGUGUCAACCUUUAAGAGAAAGGUUGAAGAUUUUUUGAGGAAAAUACCUCCACUCAUAUUUACUUUUCAUGAGGAGCAAGGAAGAGACAUCCAAUCUAAUGAAAAGCCUGAGAAAGAAGACACCCAGCUAGUAAAGAUGGAAGAUUUAUUUAGCCAGCUUUUAUCGGAUGUGGGCUCAAUAUUUGACAGAAGUUUCAUUUUUUUCAAGCACAUGCAAAAAGAAUUUGACCAGUCUUUUCAGACUUAUUUCAUGUCUGACCUGGAAAUGAGUGAGUCCCCCAGUAUGCCAGCUUUACCUGAGGUCACCACCAGAACUGAAGGCUCCCAGAGAGGCUGGGGCGUGCCUGGCUUUUUACAGACAGUUUUUGAUUUCAGCAGGACAGUGUUCGAAGGUGUCAGCGAGGUGAUCACUGAUGUGUUUGAUGAAUACAGAGAUUACAGAAGAGAUGUGCCAGAACAAACCAAAGAUCCUGAAAGAAGUGGCAUGUUUUCAAAAAUUGUGUCAGGGCGCCAGAGACUUCAGUGCAGGGAGCUCCGGGAGAACUCCUCUGGAUGCCCGCAGUUCCAUGAGAGAUGCCAGAAAUGUCAAGACAAUCUUUUGCAUGAUUGCCCAAACGUUCCUGAGCUGCACAUAAAGUUUGAUGAAGCCUUUAAGCUGGUUAAUCUCUCAGGGGAGCAGUACGAGCAGAUUCUCCAGGUCGUUCGGCAUCACACGGAGGACACUUCCUACUUGCUGAACAAAAUGAAAGAAAGGUUUGGGUGGGUGUCUGAGCUGUCCAACAUGACCAUUGGACCAGAAAACAUUUUCAACAUAGUUAAGGUGGUACCUGGAGAUCCCUCCAGUAAAGACGAAACUGUGGUAGAUGUGAACGUUCUGACUUCACCUACUUUCACCAUUAAAGUUCCUCCCAACUUAGAUCCCAAGAGUCCUGAGUUCAUCGAAUACAUAGCUGGGAAAGCACUCCAAUUGUAUAAGCAGAAUUUUUAA